AUGUCUGGUUUUCAUUGGGAAGGGGGAAGAAUAUUAGCAAGACGAACAYUACCGAUCCCGGUAUACUGCCGAGUGUGUGGUGAUAAAUCGUUUGGAAAACACUACGGUGUUUACUGCUGCGAUGGUUGCUCUUGUUUCUUCAAGCGGAGUGUCAGGCGGAGGAUCGUAUACACAUGUAUUGCUGGUACGKGUCAGUGUAUUGUGGACAAGGCGAGAAGAAAUUGGUGCCCGUUUUGUAGACUUCAAAAGUGUAUGAAGGUCAAUAUGAACGUUUCCGCCGUUCAAGAUGAACGAGGUCCGAGAAAGUCCAAGUUGCCUAAAAUAACUGAAAUCAACACCGUGGUGCCAAAAAACUGGACGACAAGAAAUGAAUACGUAUACGAAAUUGGCGCCCAAAUAUUUUUAACGAGUCUCAAGCAGUGUAGAUUCAACGAAUCAAUGGCUAUAUUACCAAACGCUGUCCAAAAUGAAAUACUCAAUAGGACGUGGCAUCAAUCGUUCGUGCUAAUGGCGGCGUUUUGGCCGAUGAACCUCAUAACACUUUUAUCUGGAUCCAAUUCAAGCAUCGAACAUAUAGUCGCCACGUUAAUCGCCAGUCACCGGGCUAUGAGACUCGAUUCGGUCGAAUACAAUUUAGUACUUACCCUUGUCCUAUGCCGGCCAGAUCUAUGUGGUGCAGCAGAGUUCARAAACGACUUGACCAUCAUCGGAACAAACGCCAAAAACGCUCUGAUGAAACACGCUGCGUUCAAGUCACCGACCAGAUACUAUGAAAUAUUGGCAUGUAUACUUUCCAUCACUGAAGAUCUGGCUGGAUACAUAAAAAUAGUUUUUUUCGAACCGUCCGUCAGAAAUGUACCGAUGAACCACCUCGUCUCGGUCAUUACUUAGAUGCUCCACAAUUUAUUUAAUUUCUA